AUGGUAUGUUUCAUGCUGUUGUUGCUGCUGCUGCUUCCUUGGGCUGUGUGGAGUCUAACUGUAGCUCAGUGUGGUACCAGUGACCCUCUUCCAGUAAAUCACAAGUAUUACCAGUCAGGAGACCUCAUCAUUGCUGGCAUCAUAUCUCAGAUCUACACAUUUUCCAACCCUAUAACUUUCAAAAAACAUCCCUCUCAUGAGCUCCUUGAUGACAUUGUAUAUUUGACUCAGACCUACCAGCACAUCCUGUCCUUCAUAUUUGCUGUAAAUGAGAUCAAUGAAAAUCUCUGGAUCUUAUCCAACCUCACCCUGGGCUUCCACAUCUAUAACAGCCAUUUCACUGCAAGAGAGACCUACCUGGCCUCAAUGGAACUUCUCUCCACAAGGGGCAGAUUCACCCCAAACUACAAGUGUGAUGUGCAUGAUAAUGCAAUAGCUUUCAUUGUGGGUCCUAAUUCAAAUGUGUGUCUCUUCGUGGCAAUGACUCUUUAUGUCUACAAGAUUUCACAGUUUGGAUAUGGCUCUGCUCCAAUAAUAAAUGACCAAACCCAAGAAGCGUUCUUCCAAAGGAUGUUUCCUGCCGAAGAGCAUCAGGCUGCAGGAAUCCUCCAGCUGUUGCUGUUUUUCAGGUGGAUAUGGAUUGGGGUGGUUUUUAUCAAUGGCGACAAUGGAGAGAGGUUUGUACAGACUGUGCUUCCUGGAUUUUCCAAGAGUGGUAUUUGCUUUGACUUCAUAGAAAAUUUGCCAACACUGUAUUUUACCACUGGCAUGGAAGAAAUGGUGACUGAGUGGAUCAAUACAUACAAGGUUAUUGUUCGUAGCACUGCCAACGUUGUGGUAUUACAUGGUGAAAUAAAUACUAUGGUAUUUCUGAGAAUGUUUCCCCGGCUUUCAGAACUGGAGGACAUAACAAUGAAGACAAAAGUCUGGAUCAUGACGGCACAGAUGGAAUUUGCAUCCGUUUCCUUUCAAAGAGAUUGGGAAAUAGACAUCAUACACGGUGCCCUAUCCAUUGCAGUUCAUUCAAGGGAUAUUGUGGGAUUCCAGAAAUUUAUUCAGGGGAGGAAUCCUAACUCAGAGAAAGAAGAUGCCUUUCUGAGGGUCUUUUGGGAAACAGCUUUUGACUGUUCGCUCCCUAAAACUGAUAUAGAAAGGGACGGUAGAGACACCUGCAGCGGGGAAGAGCAGCUGGAGGCACUUCCUGGGUCUGUCUUUGAAAUGAGUCUGACUGGCCACAGCUAUAGUGUGUACAACGCAGUCUCUGCUGUAGCACAUGCAUUGCAGGCCAUGCAUCCAUCUAGAUACAAAGGCAGAGUGAUAGUGGAUGAAGGAGUAAAACUUCAGAAUCAAGAGUUAUGGAAGGUACAGCCACUUUCUGUGUGCAAUGAUGUUUGCCAUCCAGGUUACAGCAAGAGCAAGAAGGAAGAAAAACCUUUCUGCUGCUAUGAUUGUCUUCCAUGUCCAGAAGGGAGGAUUUCUAACUUUAGAGACGCAGAAUACUGCAUUCAGUGUCCAGAAGAUCAUUAUGCAAACAAAGAACAAGAUUUGUGUGUUCCAAAGAAGAUCAGCUUCUUGUCAUACAAAGAGCCGUUGGGGGUAAUCUUAGCUAAUUUUUCUCUUUCCUUUUGUUUUAUCACAGCUUUGGUGCAUGGGAUAUUCAUUAAGCACAAGGACACUCCCAUAGUCAAAGCCAACAACCGGAACAUCACCUACACUCUCCUCACUUCCCUCUUGCUCUCCUUUGUUUCUGCUUUGCUGUUCAUUGGCCAACCGCAUAAAGUUAUGUGUCUCUUUCAACAAGCUGCUUUUAUAAUGAUAUUCUCUGUGGCAGUUUCUUGCAUUUUGGCCAAAACGACUACAGUCAUUUUAGCUUUCAUGGCCACCAAGCCAGGGUCCAGUAUGAGGAGAUGGAUGGGGAAAAGUCUAGAUAUUUCUGUUGUUGUUUCCUGCUCCCUAGUUCAAGCUAUUCUUUGUACUCUAUGGCUGGCAAUCUCUCCCCCUUUCCCUGAUUUAGAUGCACAUACAAUGGCUGAAGAGAUUGUUCUGGAAUGUAAUGAAGGAUCGGUCACCAUGUUUUACUCUGUCCUGGGCUAUAUGGGCUUCCUGGCCAUUAUCAGCUUCACUGUGGCCUUCUUAGCCAGAAAGUUGCCUGACAGUUUCAACGAAGCCAAGUUCAUCACCUUCAGCAUGGUGGUGUUUUGCAGUGUGUGGCUGGCAUUUGUCCCAACCUACCUUAGCACAAAAGGGAAAUACAUGGUGGCUGUGGAGAUCUUCUCCAUCUUGGCCUCUGGCGCUGGGUUACUGGGCUGCAUCUUUGCCCCUAAAUGCUAUAUCAUUUUGAUUAAACCUGAGUUGAACAACAGGGGGCAGCUAAUGAGAGGAAAGAACAAAUCACAAAUUGGAAAGUCCCAGACUAGUUAA